GGCGGACUGGCGGCUCGGUGGGUGAGACGCGGUGUGAUUGGCGGACGGCGGCUCGGUGGGCGGGGCUUCGCGCUGCAGUGCUGAGGGUUGCGCGCGAGUUUCCCGCGCUUUUGAGAGAUCGGAGUUGUGAUCGCCAUGUGGAACGAUCAGGGCUACGAUGGAGGAUUUGCAGACUCUGGCCGAGGAGGUGGAGGGGGGGGAUACAUGCAAUCUCAGGGGGGGUUUGGAACUCCUGGCUCCACGCAGAACAGCGAGCGAACCCGGAGGCCGCGCGUGCAGCAUUUGAUUCCUUGCACCGGGGCUCAGCUCAUGGCCGCGCAACAGAAUGAUGACAUGUUCUGCCUCGGUGAUAUCGACCUCAACCAGGUGACCAUGGUGGGGCUGGUACGUCAGGCAGAGAAGUCGCCCACGAACAUCCUGUACAAGGUGGACGACAUGACAUGUGACCCGCUGGAUGUACGCCAGUGGGUAGACGCCGAUGAGGACACUAACGAGAAUAAUGUUGUGCCGCCUGGGACGUACGUCAGGGUCGUUGGCCACCUGCGCUCUUUUCAGAACAAGAAGAGCCUGGUGGCGUUUAAGAUCCUGCCACUGGAGGACAUGAAUGAGCUGACGUGCCACAUCCUGGAGGUGGUGCACUCUCACAUGGCUCUGGGCAAGCCGCCCGUCCCAGGCCGCUGCCGUGAGUUGGAGCUGGGGUCCAUUGCAGUGACAACGUCUAUGCCGUUGAACACGUCCUUGAAGCAGUCAGCCGCCGGGACUUUGCGCGCGGACAAUGGACUCGCGCAGCACCAGACCAAGGUGCUCACUGUGAUCCGGAGCUGCCACAGCUCGGAGGGCAUGAGCAUGCAGGAGCUGAAGAGUCGCAUCCCUGCCAUGAACUCCGGUUUACUCAAGCAAACCAUUGACUUCCUCAGCAACGAGGGGCAUAUUUACUCGACGAUUGAUGACGACCACUUCAGGUCCACCGAGGUGGAUUGAGGACAGCAACAAAGUUUUGCGGCUGGCCUUCCCUCACCCGCCUCCCUCCCUGCCCGGCGUGUUGAUGUUACGGGGGAUGUCACUUACUUACAGACGUUGGACACUUAUUUUACC